GCACCGUCCGUCACAGACACUCUGGACUUUACUCUGAGCAGGACCAAACCUCGGUUGCAUUAACGCAGAAUGGAUAUGAAGUUGGUGGCCGUCGUGGCUGCGCUUGUGUUGGUGACACAUGCGCCUCCAUCAGAAGGAAAACCCCUCAGUCUGGUGGAGAGAUGCUACUGCCGUUCCACAGUCAACACCCUCCCUAAAGUCCACAUCCGAGAGCUCAGAUUCAUCCAAACACCCAACUGCGCCUUCCAAGUGAUUGCCAAGCUGAAGUCAAACAAAGAAGUGUGUCUGAACCCAGAGAUCCGGUGGCUGCAGCAGUACCUGAAGAACGCUAUCAACAAGAUGAAGAAAAGCAAACAGGCCAACUAAAAACACCUGUAGGAAACCUCUUGAGUCUUCACUGAGGACUUGAGCGAUCAUCACAGAUUUGUAGUGUGUUAUAUGAGAUCAUCUGGUAUGUUGUACAGCACUUAUCCUGGCUGUGAUGGUGCAGUCUUUUGCAUAUAGUGAACCAACAACUCAUCACCAUGACAACCACCUACCAGCCCCCGCCGCUGAACCCACCAUCAGCAUCCUCACCAUUUAUAGAGACAGUAGACAUUAUUAGUGCAAAGUGCAAUUAUAUCUGUGACUGUCUGUUUUUCUAACAAUAUGUAUAUACUUUUUUGUUAAUGGACUUCAACAGUAAAGAGCUAUUUUUGGAGAUUUCUGUCAUUGUUCUGGCCUCUCUGUCAUUAUGGACCCUUGGGGUAAAAGGGUUUAAAGGUCAGUAAACAGGUUUUUCUCAACAGUUAACAACAAACUUGCUUUCUUAUGCAGAGAAAGUAACCUCCUGCAGUCCUCUGAGCCAGGCAAAUAUGGGUUUAUUUUAACAAAUCCAUACACGGGAUCUGCUUGACUUUAUUUUCACUCCCAAUGUAUAGUUUCUCUUCUAAAAACAGAAUAAUGGGCAAAGACAGCGUUUGCCAAGUUCUAUUUCAUGUUUCAAGUUAAUUGGCACCGUGGAAUCUUUGCGGGUGCCAGACUGAAUGUACAAUGUAUACAAGAUCUAGUAAAAAUGGCAAUUACAAUGUUUUUGUGAUGGAAAUUAGGAUGCCAAAAGAACUUGAGCAUUUCCUGAGCUGCUCUGUGGCUGUGAUUAUUCGACCCUGUUACCCAACAUGUUUGCCUAUUUUGUUCUUUGAGAGCAGCUGAACAUCUGGAUCCCAAACAGUUUUAAUUGAGCGACCAAUAACGAGAAAUUUACUGGAAUCAUAAAAUGUUGUCAGUUUGGUAAAAAGAAAAAAAAAAAGAAGCAAAUAUAGUGACACUGAAGUAUCACAGUGAGCGGUCCCAUUAAAUUGGUAUCAAAAGGUUGUGAACUGAUCCGAAUUGACCCUUCAGUGUGAAUGUCCAUUUCAAAGAAGGCUGUACAGCAAUUAAAGUACCACUAACCACACUAGUACAUAAAACACUUUGAUAUACAGGAAAAAGUCGAACUACCAUUACUGAGAAUAAGUGGAGAUGUACAUAGACUUGACUACCUACGACUGUCAUGCAGAUAGCAAUGCACUUUAUAUCUGAUGUAUUCAUAUUUUAACAACAAAAGUUACUGUUACCCAUUACGUCUGAUGAUUAAAUUCUGUCUUUUAUCUUUGUUUUACCUUUAUUAUGCUAUUUCCAUUCUUUUUUUUUUUUGAUCAAUGAAUGUGUAGCUGCAUUUAACUGUUGAAGCUUGGGGAGAUGUCAUCUACUCCUUUAAGUCUCCUUGUGAUAUGUAAAAUUAAUAUUAUUCAAAUGUUUUAUUUUUGUACUCUUAUGCAUUUAUAUAUGAAUUCAAAACAUUAAAAUGAAGGAACUGUACUCUCA